AUGAUUGUAGCUCGCUGGACUUUCGGAGCAAUCCUCGCUGCCACUGCGGCCUCCGCAUCGACGGACGAGCUACAGUUCUUUGCUCUUCUGCUCAAGCGUCAGGACCCUGGCUCUCCUUCUUACAACUGCCACGACAACUGUGGCCAAGCCAUCAUUCAGGGAAGAAGCAGCAAGGAUGUAUGCCAUGACGAUAUCUUCCUAGCCGACUACAAGGCCUGCUUGCAAUGCGCCGGACCCGACAACGAGGACAUUUGGCAGUACUACGGGAAUGCCCUAACGAAGAGCGCAAGUUCAUGCGGUCUAUCAACGUCGCCUCUCUCCGGCAAACAACCCGAUGUGGGGCCGGCGGUUCCCGCCGGGUCUUCCGGUGCGACAAGUGCAUCGGAGUCUCCUUCACCUACUACAUCCGCGACCGAGACCUCUGAGACUGAGACGCCGACUCCUACCGAGACUCCUACUGAGACACCUACCGAAGCUCCUACCGAAACUCCUACCGAAACUCCCACCGAGGCUCCCACUGAGGCUCCUACCGAAGCACCAACCACUACGGAGUCCUCGACAGAGACACCCACUGUUAGUUCCAGCACCCAGGAAAUAACCCCAACCGAGUCAACACCCGCUUCUUCUUAUUCUUCUUCCGGGCGCCACACUGUAACAGUCACGGAAUCUGCAUACGGAAAUGGAACAGCACCCACAUCAUCUGGAGGUUUCGUAGUUGGCAAUUCUGCCAAUUCCUUCUCCGGCAGCGCUGUUGGCUUCUACGGCGCGCUGGCGCUCGGUGCUCUGUAUGCCGUCGCGCAGUAGAUGUGGCCCUGCUAUGUAAGUCAUAGUGCGCUGUACACCUAUGUAUGUAAGAUAUAAUACAGUAACCAGAUACUCGCAC